AUGGCCAACCAAUCUACGGUAACAGCGUUCCUCCUGAUGGGAUUUUCCAAUGACAGGGAUGAGCAGAUUUUGUAUUUUGUGAUGUUUCUCUGUAUUUAUUUAAUAGCCUUAGUGGGAAAUUUUCUCAUCAUCAUUGCUGUAGCCCUGAACCCUGAGUUUCACACCCCAAUGUACUUCUUUUUGGUCAACCUGUCACUGACAGACAUUGGCUACAUCACAGUCACCAUCCCCAAAUCCAUGGCCUCUUCUUUGACAGACAACAGACUGAUUUCUUUUGCCGGCUGUGUUGCCCAGGUGUUCUUCUUUCAAGCCUUUGCGGGUUCUGAGCUUGCCUUGCUCACCAUCAUGGCUUAUGACCGUUAUGUUGCAAUCUGUCAUCCUCUACAAUAUCAACUAAUCAUGAACUGGAAUGCCUGCACCCAAAUGGCAGCUGCUUCCUGGAUAAGCACUCUGAUCCAUGCAUCAUUACAAACCAGUGUCACUUUCACGCUGGAUUUCUGUAGGUCCAAUAUUAUUGGGUUGUAUUUCUGUGAUAUCCCUCAGUUGAUUAAGAUUUCUUGUACUAAUACAAAAGUUAACCAAAUUCUGAUUUUUGUCAUUGCGAUCCCGGUGGAUUUAUUUUGUGUUGGGAUCAUCUUUGCUUCCUAUGGCUAUAUCUUCUCUGCUGUGAUGAGGAUCCCAUCUGUUCAAGGAAGAUAUAAAGCUUUCUCUACCUGCACUCCCCACCUGACUGUCUUUUCUUUAUUUGUCACCACAGCUUGGUUUUCAUAUUUGAGACCUAAAACACUUUCCUCCCCCAUUGUAGACUUGGUUUCUGCUGUACUGUAUACAGUUUUGCAACCAGUCCUGAAUCCCAUCAUUUACAGUUUAAGGAACAAGGACAUCCAAGAGGCAGUGUGGAAAAUACCAAAAAAAAUUAUACAUCUCCUCAGAUAA